AUGAAUACAUAUUGGAGUUAUUUUUGAAUUUCUGAGUGCUUCAAAAAUCAUAGUAACAAUUUUGUGUUCAAAUAAUUUGCGGGAAAAAAGUAGUUAUAGUUGAUUCCAACUGAACUUGGUGACCAUUGGAAGAAGACAUUUGCUUUCAACUAUGAAUUCCAGUAAACAAUCCUUGUAAAAUCAAUGGAGAUCACAUCAUCCUACCCAAAACCACCAUUGUUGCAUACGAACAUCUCUUCAAGAAACUCCAAGAAAUGGAUACCCAUCACUACCCACUCCAUUAACAACACCCCCCUUCAAUUCCAAUUGCCUCUACAUAGACCCCAAUACAAAUUAAAACAACCCAUUAAACCAGAAAUCAAGAAAACUACAAACCCAACUUGCACAAUCUCUGAUGUUUUAAGGCUAAUGGACAGUCUUGGCCUUAACAUACCAGUUGACAUAUACGUUUCCCUUAUCAAAGAAUGCACUGAAUCUCGUGACCCUUUAAAAGCGAUUGAAAUUUAUGAGCAUAUCUGUAGAAGUGAUGUAAUUCCUACCUUGCCGUUACUAAACCGUUUGUUGCUGAUGCUUGUAGUUUGUGGUUGUUUCGAACAUGCCCGCCAACUGUUUGAUAAAAUGCGUGUGAGAAAUUCUAAGUCUUGGGCUGCGAUUAUCGCGGGGUGUGUUGAAAAUGGAGAGUAUGAAGGGGCUUUGCGUUUGUUUAUGGAAAUGCAGAGUGAGGCAGGGAACUUGUGUAAAUGUGGUGAUAUAAUUGAUGAUGGGAUAUUGGUUUGUGUUCUUAAGGCUUGUGUGGAAUUGAUGAAUUUGGAAGUUGGGAAACAGAUUCAUGGAUGGUUAUUGAAGCUGGGUAAUUGUGAAAGCAUGGCUUUGAGUAGUUUUUUGAUCAAAUUCUAUGGGGAAUUUGGUUAUCUAGAAAGCGCGGACAAUGUGUUUGAUCAUGUUCCACACUGUAAUACAGUUGUUUGGACAGCUAGAAUUGGUAAUUUGUGUAAAGAGGAGCAGUUUGAAGGGGCGAUAAGGAUUUUCAGGGAGAUGGUAAGAGAAGGAGUGAAGAAAAAUAGUUUUACAUUUUCAAGUGUUCUUAAAGCUUGUGGGAAGUUGAGCGAUGCUGGAUGUUGUGGUCAACAGGUUCAUGCUACUUCCGUCAAGGUAGGACUUGAUACGGAUAGUUAUGUGCAGUGUAGCUUGAUCAACAUUUAUGGAAAAUAUGGGUUGCUAAGGGAUGCUCGGAGCGUUCUCAAUACGAUAGAGGAUAAGAGCAAUAUUGCCUGUUGGAAUGCUAUGUUGAUGGGAUGUAUACAAUAUGGUUUUGGUGUUGAAGCCAUGAAGCUUCUCUAUGAGAUGAAAGAAGCUGGUUUGCAGCCACAUGAAUCUUUGAUUAAUGAAGUAUUAUUGGUUUGUGGGAGUAGCAAUAUCGAGAAAAUGAAUGUCUUUUAGUUUCCAUGAAGAUAUGAAAAUGAUUUGCUUGAUCAAGGGCUUUUUCAUGGAAUAUAAUGCAGUCAACACCAAUGUAUUGGCUAAUCUCUCUAGCUUCCUUGAUGAGUUUGUCGCAUUUGAAGGAUCAACAAGGUUAUGUAUAUAAUAAUGGUCUGAAGAGAUGUUAAGCAAUCUUGCGUAUAGAAUAUCUCUUAGUUUUCCUUGAAUAUAUGUAGAUGAUUUGCAAGAUCAAGGAUCAACAUACUGGCCGAUAUCUCUAGUUUCCUUGAUGUCAUCAACUUGAUGAGUUAGUUGCAUAUCAAGGAUUAACAAGGGUAUGUAUAUAAUAUGCUCUGUGGAGUUGUGAAAUAAAUUAUAGCACUAUACUGUACCACAUUUGACGUGGCCGAGCUAACAUAUGCUGGAACGUUUUGUUAAUACUCAGUCUAUGUGGCACAGAAAUGCAAGCAUAUUACAAAUAGCCAAGAUCGGUUAUAGAAAGUUUAAAAUUAGUUCUAUGAUCUUUGACUCUACUAAAUAUGCAACUGUUAUGAUUUACUAUGACGAUCAGUGGGGGGCACAAAAGUUAUUGCUGAUGAUUUGGUGUGGUGCAUGCAUAUCGAGUCUUAUGUACUUUGGCAUAAGUGCAUAUGCAUGAGACAUUUCCCUGGGAGAACUCCAGCAGAUGGUACUACUGGACUUGAUAUUGUAGAAGCACCCUAAUAGUGAGGAAGAUCUAUUUGAGGUAAAUCCAAGACUAAAUAGAUAAUACUUGUUCUUACAGUCAGAAACAUCUUUUGUUUAAUGGGUUAUCGAAGAACUGGUCCAAAAUUUUUCAACUACUCUAUAUUAUCUGCAACUCGUAGGUUCUCUUGAACUGUGAUAGCUGCCUUAACAGUUGGAGCAACAGAUUUGUAAUGGUUAUUUGUGAAUUUUCUGAAUGCACAAAUCUGUAGAUAUAUGUAUAUGAGCAUUAUUCUAGUUUUUCAUGUGCUCUAAUCUAAUUUAGUUCAUUGCAAGCCAGGGAAUGCUGAAUUGUGAGAAGGAAUUAAGGCCAGUGUUGAUAAUAAUUACAAUUUGUGGUUGCAAAAUGAUACAUUGUUUAUACAUAUCCAUGAGAGUAAUUUAUUCACAUUUAUGUAUAAUUUACAUGUCAAAAUAUUUUGCAGUCUUUGAUAAGAUAUUAAGCCAUGUAGUUGUUUGAUAUAAGGGAUAACGGAUAUGUUAGUUAGUCCCACUCAGUAGUGAUGGAAUAAGUUUUUCCAUAUAUGUGAUGGGAUAACUAAUUCCAUGGGAUAGCUUCGUUUUUCCUAUCUCUAAUACCAAAUGACCCCGUCCCAUUUGUUUUUCCCAUCUCUAAUACCAAACUUUAUAGAGAUUAUUUGCACUAUAAGUCGAUGGGAUAACUAUAUUGUUCAUGGGAUGCCUA